CUGGCUCGCUCUCCUUCUUUCGAUCGGUCAUCUUCUCCUCUUCCCUCUGUUUUUCUCUCAUUCCCUCUCUCUCAACAGUGAUUGACUCUUCUGUUGAAUUUCAUCUCUUCCUUCUCCAACGAUCUGUACACAUUCCACCCCCAAAUACACCCUCUUUCUCUUCUCCCAUUCCCCAGUCCCAUUGUACCAUUCUAGAUCAUCAUGGCCUCGGCUGCUCGAUCUGCCUCCCGGGCCUUCCUCCGCUCCACUCCGGCCGCCUCCUUCAGACCGGCUGUCCGCAGCUCGCGUUUCGCUCUUCCCGCCCAGGGUUUCCGUGCCUCGUCCCGUCGCGGUUAUGCCUCUGAGGCUGGCCAGGGCAAGUCCUCCAAUGGCCUUCUCUGGGCUGGUCUCGCCGUCGCUGGUGGUGCCGGUGCCUACUUCUACCUGAACGGCGGCGACUCCGUCAGCUCCAAGAACUUCGUCCCUGCGCAGAAGGACUACCAGAAGGUGUACGACGAGAUCGCUCGUCGUCUCGGAGAUGAGACCGACUAUGACGAUGGCAGCUAUGGACCGGUCCUUGUUCGCCUGGCCUGGCACGCAAGCGGUACUUAUGACAAGGAAACCGGCACUGGAGGAAGCAAUGGCGCCACCAUGAGAUUCGCUCCCGAGUCCGACCACGGCGCCAAUGCCGGUCUCAAGCUCGCCCGGGACUUCCUGGAGCCCAUCAAGGCCCAGUUCCCUUGGAUCAGCUACUCCGACCUCUGGACGCUGGGCGGCGCCUGCGCCAUCCAGGAGUUGGGUGGCCCUGCUAUCCCCUGGAGACCCGGCCGUCAGGAUAAGGACGUCGCCGGCUGCACUCCCGACGGACGUCUGCCCGACGCCACCAAGGACCACAAGCAUGUCCGCGACAUCUUCUACCGCAUGGGCUUCAACGACCAGGAGAUCGUGGCCCUUGUGGGCGCCCACGCUCUGGGCCGUGCUCACGCCGACCGCUCUGGAUUCGACGGGCCCUGGGACUUCAGCCCUACCGUCUUCACCAACGAGUUCUUCCGUCUCCUGGUCGACGAGAAGUGGCAGCAGAAGAAGUGGAACGGACCGACCCAGUUCACCGACAAGAGCACCCAGACUCUGAUGAUGAUGCCGACGGACAUCGUCAUGGUCAAGGACAAGGAGUUCAAGAAGCACGUCGACCGCUACGCCAAGGACAGCGAUGUCUUCUUCAAGGAGUUCUCCGACGUUUUCGUCAAGCUCCUGGAGCUGGGUGUCCCGUUCGCCAGCAAGGCCGAGGACCGCUAUGUUUUCAAGACCUCCGAGUAGAGGCUUGACGAGUCCGAUGCUGCAUUUCGCUUCCUAUCCGAUUUGAUCUUUUCUAGCCGUGAAGCCCUGCGUUUGUUUCAUUUCUGUUUUGUUUUGAUAUCCGGUGAUGGUGUCGUUUAGAUUCCUUGCCAUACACGGAUGGUCCUGUUAUGUUUAGCUGCCAUAGAUGCUAAAAGUCGCGAAGACUCGGUGGGCCAAUAUAUGGGGACAUGUUAAAGAUGCUAUGCUUUACAAUGAAAACCUACCAUGCUCC